CCCAUACGAGAGAGAUCAGCAGCCAGGUUUUAGCAGAGAGAGAGAGAUUCUCACCGAUUCUGUGAAAAUGGGGACUCGAGAAGUGUACGAGCAGAAGCUUAGAACUGGAAAUAUGUACGAAUAUGAUCCUACCAUGAAGCCCGGACUCGGCUCUCCUCGCUGCCCUCGUUGUCUUUCCCACUUAGACCGCACUGCUUCGAGGAAGGAAGAGUGGACGAUCACCCCUGUGCUCCACGACGCCACUGUGGUGGCUGGAUCAGGAAUCGGUGGGCUUCUUAGUGCAAUUCAUGGGUUCAACACAGGGAUCCCCUUUGUCCAGAAGCAUGUCAAAGGACCAAAAUGGCUUCCUUUUGUAGUUGGGAUUCCAGCUUAUGUUACUUAUGCUGCGGCUAGUGCUGCAUUUGGAGGAUAUGCACUUCCCAGAUUUACACAACUCAGUGUUACCUCAUACUAUGCUGCUUCAAGUGCAUCAAGUUACUGCAUUUCGUUGAUUACCAGACAGAUUGAAGACAACCACAUAUCCCGCUCUCAACAUGAAAGACUUGGAUGAAUGAUGAUAAUCAAUCCUUUUUUGGUAUCUAACUUGGUCUACAGGUGCACAAAUUUAUCUUUUCCUUUGUUUUGUUUCAAGGUAGAACCAAUAUGUGAAAUAUGAGGAUGAUGUAUAGUAUUGCAUCCUGGAACUUGUGUGUAAAUGAAAUAAGCUCAAAUUCUUGUCAGUCCUGACUGUGGCCCUUGAAGGCAUUAUUGAGGCGAUUUAACUCUACUGUGCAAGUGACAUAAUUUUGGUGUUCUUCAUAUCUAAGUAGAUUAUAUCUUACGUUACAGUGUGAAAUUGCCAAGGUGAUUGUCCACCUUGUCACAUGAUCAAGAUUCAUAUAGUAAAUGUAAUUGAAAAGCAUGAUGAUGCUUUCUAAUAGAGGGCAGGAGUGGACCUGCACAGUUUGCAGCGUACGUUAGCAUGGGAUGCUGUAGGAGAGGAAAGUGUCAACCUCAUUUAGCAAAGAGCUUUAUAGGGCUGUGGGCCGAUGUUACUUAAAUUCGAAUGGGCUCCAAAAAGGCAGAUCUAUAGAGGGAGAGGGCUGAGGAAGGGGGAAGUGGUCCAUCAUCUGAAUUUUUCUGAACUCUUUGUAUGUCUUUAUUGUGUCCUUUUGUGUGUUCCUUACUACUUCUCUUCUCUUCAUUUGUCUCUGACUCCUCAGUUAGUCCCCCACCAAUUUUCCCCAUUUUAUUUGUGAAUUAUAUACACUGUUGGAGAAAUUUUGGACCUAUUUGUUUUUUUAAAACCAGAUUCUCCCCCCCCCCCUCUUUUUUUAAAAAAAAAAAAAAAAAGUCCUGGUGGAAUUCAAACAUCCAACUUUUUAGUUACAAUCUCUUACUUUUACUAUCUCUUCCAAUUGUUGCAUAUUAUAGCAAUUAUUUGUAGAAAUAUUUCCCAUUGGAUUUUGUGUAUAAACUUUCAAGAUUCUAGUCUCUAGUUAUGUUACUAGAAAAUCUAGAUUCAAUCAGUGGGAACAAUAUGGUUUAGCCUGGAUGGAGCCUAGUUGAAAAAUAUUUUGGAGAGGGUGAGAGUUAUUAUGGUUUUGAUGUGACAUGAGUAAAAAAUUGCAUGUGGUGAGCUUGCAAACAAUUGAUAUUCAUAGUUCCAGCGGUUGAAUGUCUCAUCUGAUUUUGAUAUGACAGUGUGUUACGAACCUAAGAAGAAAAAGAAAGAUAGUGACAUUGUGAAUUAUUAAUUCCUCCGAUCAAUUUAUAAGGUACAAUUUUUAAUCAAAUGAUGAG